GGAGGAGGAGGGAGGGCUGAGAAGCGAAACCUGCUGCCUGGUUCGGGUCGCUGUGCCGGGAUUGCUGCUCCGUGGGGUCAGCGCUGCAACUCUGUGGCCGCGGGGCCCUGGUGACAGGCGCACGCCCCGCCCUUUCUCCUCCCAAGACCUACGGGCUUUUGUUAUGCAGAUGGCGGCAGGAGGCUGAGCCAGAAGAGGAGGGGGUUGGCGGAGAGGAGGAGAGGGGGGAGGAAAGUGCAGCUCGCGCGACCAGCCUCCUGGUCCAACGUCACAUUGUGCGAGAGACAAAACCCGGGCGCGCCGGAGCUCACACGCGCACGCACACACAGUCGACCCGGCCGCCUCUGCUCUCCCGGUGCUGCCUAGAGAGCCAGGCUUCCUGUCCCUUCCUGGGGCUCGCCAGCCCGGAGCAGCAGCCCGGCGCCAAGGCGGAGGGCGAGAAAAGCCGGCAGACGAACCUUUCUUCCCCACCGCCUGCCCAGGCUGGGCGUCCCAUCCCCCGCCCUGAACUCCCAGCUCUCCCACCCCACCCCUCUGGGUUUCAGGCGCACACCAAGCCGGGAGCCGGGCGUGCCCGCGUGGGGAAUCCACGUUUCAGCACUUCGGACAGCGCCUGGGUGCCCCGGCCUGCUUGGGGUUGGUUAUGGCGAGCGUUCAGCAAGGCGAAAAGCAGCUUUUUGAGAAGUUCUGGCGAGGAACCUUCAAAGCGGUGGCCACCCCGCGUCCCGAGAGCAUCAUUGUCGCCAGUAUCACGGCCCGCAAGCCACUGCCAAGGACAGAACCCCAGAGCGGCCCCACAGUCCCAGCCCAGGAUGGGCCCCCAGAAAAGCCGGGUCAGCAUCUGGCCACGGAGGCCUUGGCCACCAACAGCUGGGAGAGAGACAAGGCCGUCCGGGAUCUGGGGCCUGCGGGAACGCGCAGCGCCUCCCAAGACAAAGACUUGACGCCGCCACCUUCGUCCAGGGGAAAGAAGAAAAAGAAGAAAUCUACCCGGAAGAAGAGAAGGAGGUCCCCGUCCCACAGCCCAUCGCCUGUCAAGAGAAAGAAGAAGAAAAGCUCCAAGAAGCAUAAGCGACGCAGGUCAUUCUCCAAGAAGAGAAGGCACAGCUCCUCUAGCCCAAAAAGCAAAAGAAGGGAAGAGAAGAGGCACAAAAAACAAUCUCGAAGCCGGCCCCGAAAGUCUCACCGCCACCGCCAUCACCGCUGCCCCUCCAGGUCCCAGAGUUCGGAGUCUCGCUCCUCUAGCUGUGAGAGCAGGCACCGAGGCCGGUCCCCCGAGGAAGGGCGGAAGUCUCGCCGGAGGCACUCCCGCCGCUGCGCCAAGACCCUCUGCAAGGCCAGCCCCGAGGCCCGGUCCAGCCACCCGCCCACCCAGCCUCUCCAGAUACUUGGCUUGCUGUCUGCCAGAGGUGUAAUCUCUGGGUCGGGGUCUGCUGCUGAACUCUUUACCAAAGCAGCCAGCCCGCUCGCCGCCUCGCGGGGCCGCUCCCAGGAGUACGACUCCGGCAACGACACCUCCUCGCCGCCGGCCACGCACGCCAGCUCGGCCCGCUCCCGUGGCCAGGACAAGGGCAGCCCCGGCGGCGCCGGCCUCGCCAGGAGCCGGGAGCUCGCCAGUGGCAACACCUCCGAUUCAGGGAACUCUUUCACCACCUCCUCGCCCCAGAACAAGGGGGCCACUUCGGAGAACCUCUCCCCGACCAGCAGGGGCAGGGAGUCAAGAGGAUUUCAGUCGCCCUGUCUGGAAUGCACCGAGGUGAAGAAGUCCAGUCUGGUCCCGUCCACAGCCCGGAGCUCACCCGUGAGAGGGUGCUCCCGCAGCUCCUCCUACGCCAGCACCCGAUCAUCCAGCCAUUCCUCCCGGUCCCCAAACCCCAGGGACUCCUCCAGGUACACCCGGAGCAGAUCCACCUCCUCUGAAAAGAGGUCCUACUCCCGCUCUCUGAGCUACUCCUCCAAGUCUGGCAAGAGGAGCCCACCCAGCAGAAGCUCGCGAUCCCGCCGCAGCCCCAGCUACUCCCGCUACAGCCCCAGCAGGGAGCGGGACCCCAAGUACAGCGAGAAGGACUCGCAGCCGCGGGGGCACGAGCGCGCGCGUCGGAGACGGCGGUCCUACUCGCCCAUGCGCAAGCGCCGGAGAGACUCCCCGAGCCACCUGGAGGCGCGGAGGAUAACCAGUGCCCGGAAACGCCCCAUCCCCUACUACCGGCCCAGCCCGUCCUCACCCAGCAGCCUCAGCAGCUCCUCCUCCUGGUACAGCAGCAGCAGCAGCAGCCGCUCCGGCAGCCGCAGCUACUCCCGGAGCCAGACUCGGAGCCGGAGCCGCAGCCGGAGCCGGAGCAGGACCCGCACUAGCAGCAGCUCGAGCUCCCGAAGUCCCAGCCUGGGCUCCCGGAGCCGGAGCCGGAGCUACAGCUCUGCGGGCAGCUACGGCAGCACGAGGCGCUAAGCACCAGGGCCUCCGAGAGCCGGCUGCCCCCGGGGGCUCCUUUCGCUCUGCCAGCCUCCCCCUCCCACCUGCCCUCCCCGCCUUCUCCUUGGUGACAGAUACUGAGGGCUCCUGGACCCUGCCCCUCCUGCUCCUCCAGGGAGGAGGCAAAGAGAAUGCGGGGGUUCCACCCUCUACGACAGGCUGCUACGAGCCUCUACCAGCACCGUUCUGGGGCUCAGCUCAGGCCUGGGCAAAUGGAGAGACACAUCCUCCUCGGGCACACAAGAAAAAAACCAAAAACUCACGGUUUUGUAAGAAGCAAUGGGCCAGGACGGCCGAGACAGCUCUGUUCACCCUCUGCUCAUAGGAUGCACCCGGAAGGCCAUGAGAGAUUCACCCCAUCUGCCCUCAAUCUCCCCUCAUGCAGUCUCUUGGCUGCAUGUUUAUGGGACCCACCCUCCAUGUUCAGGGGAGAGUCGAGAGAGGAGGCCCAGCCAAGUUCAAGUCUGAGAUAAGGAGCCAGGCCUUCCACCAGCUCCAACAGGCCAGAGCUCAGAAGCCCAGGAUCCUGCGAGAGGGAAGGACAUAAGAGCAGGGCACGUGGGCAGUGGAGUCGGUGGCAGGUGACAGGAGAUGGCAGUGGGUUCUCCAGCGAUAGGAGAAAGGAAGGAGUCCUCCACAGCUCCCAGGAUCCCAGUGUGGUCACGGGAAGCAGCCUGGCAGGUCCCAGCCACGGAGAGGCUACCACUUGGCUGACCCAGAAUGCCUCCUGGCUGGCCACAGCCCUGAAUGCCACAAGAAAGGAGACAGGGGAACGGUCGGGAGAGCUUGGACCACAGCGCCACUUCCCAAAUUUGCCUCAGCCCCACUGGCUGGCACCAACUUAAUUCCACGGGACCAUCUGCUGAACAUUCCCCAGGGCCAUGGCCACACGCCAGUCCCCAGCGCCAGCCAGUCUGGCCUUGCCCUGCAGUUGGCGCCUGCCCACCCUCUCCCCACCGCCCAGGCAGCCACACCCUGGAUCCUACCCAGUGCAGCCUGGCUCCCUCCCACCCAGGCACCCUUCGGUCCCAGUCACCCCCCUUGCCACUCAGGAAUUUUGCCAGGAUGGGGCACAGUGGCUCAGGUUUGGAGGCGAAGGACCCAAUUCCAGAGACGCCCUAGGGAUGAGGGGCUUGGGUGCUGUGCAGCCUGGGUGCCUGCUGGCUUCAGAAGCUUCCUGUCGGCCUGAGGAUGCCCCGCCUUCCCCUGCCCAGGGCUGGGCGGCGAGGGCAAGCUGAGCUCCAUCCGAGUCACAAAUACCACCAGCUGCUUCAGCUACAGAAGGCACGGAGCACGGGGAGCGAGGGACACGGUCCUUAAAAUAAACCUCGGGCAUCCCUCUCACCAGCUGCCUGCCUGUGGGUGAGUGUCCAGUUUGUGGUGGCAACAGCAGCAGGACCGGGCAUGGAGGGAGAGCAGGAGAGAAGAGAACUCCCAGCUUUGGCCGCUGGAGCUGCAGGGGAAGCUAACAGGAGACCGUCUCUUCACCGCACAUCCCAGGGAAAUCAUUUGGGAAAAAUUCCUCGUCCUUAGAAAUGGGAGCAUCCCCUCCGGCCAGUCCUCCCCCAUCGUGUCCAGCCUGCAAUCACCCCUCCCCAAAGUCCUUCCUCCAUCAGCAGAGAGGAGCAAGGUGGCCCCUGGGCAGCAGUGGACGACCUGGCCUUCCCACGAUGGCCUCUGGCCCAGGCCUAAGCCCCGCCCACCAAGACUGACAGAUGCCAAUGUUGUCACCGCAGAAGGCCGGAUGGCAGGUGCCUGGGACGGGAGCAGGUGCCCCGGGAGGCCGUGUACAGUGACUGUAAAUAGCCCUGUUUGUUCCCUCUGGACUCCCGUCUCCAUCACGGAGACCACGGCUUCCCAGAGCCACCAAACCUCCUUCAAGGGCAGCCAGGAGAGGCCAAGGAGCCUCCCGGGGCCACCUGCAUUCAUACAACGCUAGGGGACCAUUUUGCCUGGAACUCCUAGCAGGUCUUGUAUUUAUUUUAUUUAUUGACCUAUUUAUUUAUUUAUGUGAUCUCUCCCUCCCAGUUAACAGUAUUAUUUAUUUAUUUAUUUAUAGGGAACGAUUGUGUGUGUGUGUGUGUACGUAUGUACGUAUGUGUCUGUCUGGCAGGGGGUGCCGGGACUUCCACAUUAUUUGUGUGCAUCUUUGUUUUCCUCAUGCUUCCAUGAAUGUGGGCAGGGAUGCUGACCUUUUCCCGGCAGGCCUCUGAGAUCUGAACACCCCGAAGUUGACCUGGAAGCACACCAGUCCCAAGGCUCCCUACUCUGCCUGACGCCAGCAGGGCUCAGGCCGGUGCCGCAGACCCCCACCCACCAGCUAGCACGUCAGAAAGAUGAACACGCAGUGGCGUCGCAGCGUCUACACUGAGCAGGAAGGCACAGGCUGCAGCCAGUGGAAGUCCCCCAGGGAGGACAGAGGUGCCAUCCCUCGGCACAGCCGUGAGGUUUGUGCUGAGGACUGAAACGAGGCAGCUGCCUUGUGUUGUGGAGCGAGGGACAGGCAGUGUACACGGCGUCUGGGGUCGCACCUGGAACGGGCGAGGGGCUCACACCAGGAGAUGGAGACCGGGGAAGAUGCGGGUUCCCAUUGCAUCCGCACUGCCGGGCGGGUGUGCGGGACCAGGGCUACCCAGUGCAGCUGGCUCCCUGGGAGUCACGCGUGCCCCAGCACGUGUCCCUGACUUCUCCCCAAGGCUGCCCUGGAGGGGUUCUCACAGGGCAGGAGACCCAGCAACCCGAGCAGAGGUCUUUGUCUGUGAGUUCUUCUGUUUCUGAAAUUAGGGGAAAAACCAAGAUGCAAGAAAUAACCAGACGUUCCCCCAAGAAGGUCCCUCCCCAGCCCAGAAAUCAGAGGCAUUUCUCAGGCUCGCCUAUAAACCAGCGGCAGUGUCGCCUGGCUGCCAGCCAGCCAGCCAGGGCCCCCUGUGUUGCCGGUCUCUCCCCGCUGCCUCCACACUGCCAGCCUGCCUGGGCAGCUUUGGGGUGGAUGGGGUUUUUGCAAUUUCCCUGGUUGUUUCCCUGGCAACAUGACAACCCUGCCCCGGCCCACGCAAGGAGGGACCUCUGUUCUGGGAAAAUUUGAAAGAAACUUGCUUAAACACCUCCUGGGGGAAAUUCAUUCCCCCCUCCCUCCCUCCUCCCCUUCUCCCCCUCCCUCUCUCCCUCCCUAACUUCCUUUAUACUUUCUGAAUUUCCACCCAAAGCAUAACUAAAUAAACUCUUGUGGGGGCACUGGUAACCUUGAAUAACCAGACCCCUCAACCAUUGCUCGUCCUGUGCCUGCUUCAGCCUCACUACCUUCUGCUCCAGGGGAUAUGGGAGAUUGUCUGAAACCUGCUUAUGGGGACACUUGGCCAAAAGCCAAUAUCCAAAAUGGGGGAGUGGGUGUGGCUUGAGGUCAAACAACCUGCAACCCGCACCCGUGACACCCACACACACACACACACACUUCGUGCACUUACGUGGCUCCUGUACACUGCGGGAGUGACGCCUGGCAAAGCCCCACUUUUCCCUGGGCCAAGGUUGUCGUCUCUCUCUGUGGGGUUGGGAGGCUGCCAGGAGGCCCCUGAGAUGCACCAAAGAGGCAGCUGCCGGGAGCCAGCGGGAAACCGAGAGAGGCCGGAGUUUCAGGAGCCCCUCAAUCGUGGGAGGGGAAACGGAGAGGAAGAAGGGAACCCCCUUCUGCCGCGUCAUCAUCUCCCCUCUCCACAGAUACUCAAAGUAGCCUCAUGGGCAUGGGUCUUGCUCUACUUUUGCCCUCCAGCCGAAUGGAAAAUGUAGUCUGCAAAUAAAAACAGGACUCCUCAAAAACACGCCUCCCCUCCCACUGGCCAGCUGAGCGCCGCUGAGCCGCUCCCGCCAGCUCGGUUGCCGGCCCGCGCACCUGUGCACUGCUCACACUAACCCCUGCCCUCUCGCCCCCUGCACCCCGGCACUGACGGUGUGGACGCCGCCGUCACUUCCUCUCUUUUUGUGGCUUUGGACUCCAAAGCCUUGUUAUUUGGGGCUGUUUCAGGGUUUUUUGUUUGUUUGUUUUUAGGUUGUUUUUUUUUUUCUUUUUUUUUCUUUUUUUUUUUUUUUUGGUGGAUGUUGCUUUGCUUUGUGAAUUCCAUGUUGGGCUCCCUCAUUAAACACGGCUUAUUUAAUGAUGUAUUUUCCGUUUAUUGAGUGCCACUGGGAACGGGACCACCUCUUCCCCAGAAUCGCUCCAGGAAAUGCCAGCUCCUGGUGCCGCUGUCUGCACAGGGGGCAUCGUCACCCAGGUAAUGGGUGCUGGAAUCGCCGGAUAAAUUGGAAUUGGCAGAAACGGAGGCUUCUGUCAGGCCCAUUAAGCUCAAAUGGAACUAAAACACUGGUUAUCUCCGGGAAAACCUCAUUUAGAUGGAAAUUAAUUGAGGAAUAAAAUGUCUGCACACAAACCAACUUCUAUGAAAAAAUCAGAACUUGUAAAAAAGAGGGAAUGAGAGAGAGAGGAAGAGAGAGAAUUUCAAUCCCUUUUCUAUAACUAAGAAAAGCGAUGCCGCAUCUUCUAACAAGCUGAGCCAAAGAGACUGGAAUGGCAUUCCUGUGUGUUUCUCUUGCUUGUGUGUCUAUGUGGGUGAAAUGGAAUGGAUUCUGGGCCUCAGUGUUGUCAUCUGUAAAUGGGGCUUGGUCUAAGUGUUCUUGGCGGGGUGGGGGGCAGGGGUUUUGAGCUCCCUGUGUCCUGUGCUGACUGUAGCUUGUCAGCCAAGAGGAAACAAGAAGGUGGGACCUAGACUUCGUUUGCCAAGUGAGGCCACAGGAGCUGUGUCUUGCCGUGAGGUACGGAGACCUCAAGGUGUCCCCCGAACAGCUUGUGUAGCUUGGGUCAGAGCUUUGAUUGUCACCUGUCUCGUACAAUCAUCCAACAAGCCAGUGACGUGGGUCACAGAGCCACUUUCAGACGAGAAAACUGAGGCCCAGGAAGGGGAACUGACGCACCCAAACUUCUUCCAGCUCUGAGCCGCCUGACUCUGUGCCCCACACCCCGGGGGGCUGUUUCUGGGGGGGCUGGUGCUGUGAGGACUGCCCUCCAUUCCGUAUCUUGCAGUCGCCGGCCAAGGGCCCGGCAGAAUCCAUUGCGUUGGCCUAGGGGCCUUGGUGCACCCCCAAGGCCCGUUCUCUAUGUUGGAGACCGGGACUCCCACCUGGAAAAUCUCAAACCAGAGGAUCCCACCACCAGCCGAGCCCCGUCUGGCCAGCCCACCUCCGAGAGAGCAUCCACGUGAGAGAGAGAGAAGCUGCUGUGUCCCCCAGCGUCCUGGGACCCCUAACCUCUGCCCGGUGACACAGGGGUCCUGGCUCGCUUGACUUCUGGUCUCCACAAGCUAAGCAUAACCUUCCCGGGUUUCCAGUUUCUCAGCCUGUACGAAACACGUCUCUGUUCUAAUUAAAGGUCCAUGGUAUGGUGUUCACA